AUGCUCCGAAAUGCACUCACCUUCAAACAUGUGGAGCAUGAUCCUGAAGGAGAGUCACGUAUCUUACUUUUUAACACACUCUUUCCGAACGAACCCAUCGAAAACUUGCACAAACGAUGGCUGUCUCUGUCCCUUCGAAAAGAUCAUCUCACAUCUCAACAACUAGACACUUUCAAAUCCUUCAUCAUGAGGCGGUGUCAAUAUGAACCAAUUGAAUACAUUACUGGAAGAGUCAAUUUUUUCGGAAGACAAUUUCAAGUGAAUAAGCACGUACUUAUACCGAGAGUGGAUUCGGAAGUGAUGAUUGAGGCAGUUAUGAAAAGAAUGAACGAGUUUUUGAAAGAAUCAUCAUCAUCACCAACCCUUCAUCAGGACGGUAUUAACAUUGUAGAAUUGGGAGUGGGGAGUGGAUGCUUAAUUUUGACCUUAUUACUCGAGUUGGAAAAAGCCAAUAUCAAAGUAAAUAGAGCCAUUGGCUUAGAUAAGAGUAGUGAAGCUUUACAAAUUACCUCAUUGAAUGCACAACUCUUACUUCCAGCUCAUCUACGUAACAAGUUGAUUUUGAAGGAACAUGACAUGUUACAUGAUGAAUUUAAUCCCGAAGAAUGGCUGUCGGAUGAUUCAAAGUUGUUAAGGACGAAUACCAGUAACAAACACACCAAUAUUCAUGACGAUUCGAAGACUACGUAUUCCUUCACCCAUCUUCUCAUUUCGAACCCUCCCUACAUUCCCUCUCAAGUUGUGCUUGAAGAGUUGGAUAAGGAUGUUUCUCUCUAUGAGCCUCAUCUAGCUCUCGAUGGAGGCCAAGACGGAUUGAUGUUUUAUCGAUUCCUCUUAUCGGAAGAAACCAUGGAAAAGUAUCGUUUUCACCCAAGUUCCUUAAUGGCAUUGGAACUCGGUUUUGAUCAAGCGCCUGUCAUCAUGAAGCAAAUACUUGGUAACCAUUGGAGGAAUAUUCCCAACACGACUGAAGCAUUGGACGCCAAGGACUAUAUGUUCGAGAGCAAAAGUGGAUCCAAUUUUAAAGUGGAGCUGGAGAAGGACCUUAAUAAUUUCGAUCGGAUCCUGCUGGUCAUGACUCAAGAGAGAACUGAACUGUAG